CGCCAGCAUAAUUAGCGACAAGCAUGGCAAUGGCCGUGUUCAGUUCGUCUGCCCUGGCGGCGGCCAUCGUUGCCUACCAGCACGGCAGCUCGCCGCGGGAGGCCAUCGCGCGCACUCUAUCUUUCCGCAAGCGCGGCAGCGUAUAUGCUGCGCCAGGCUCUAGCGUGCACUACGGGUGCAACGACCUCUGCCUGCCACCAGGGCCAAACGUCGAUCUUCGCUUGCCGCUGCACUUUGCCAUCCUUCGUGGCCACGCGCCGCUGGUCGCCUACAUUGUCGACUACCACCGAUCGAUGGUGUCGGCCGAGGCCAUCGACUGCGCGUUUGUCAACGGCCAUGUGGCGAUCGUGCAGUAUCUGCUGCUGCAGCGAGCGAGCGUCGCCGAGCUGCGCACGUGCUUUGAGCCGAUCGAUGCAACCGCUGCAACGCCUGCAACCGAGACGUCGUGGGACCUUCCAUCGCGCAUCGUGAGACACGACGACCCGACGCUCUACGCCCUCCUCGCCACGCACACGCAGAACGGCUGGUCCCAUGACGCACUAACGCUUGCGAUUCAAACCCACAAGAUGCGCAGCUUCGAGUGCUUGUACGAGCGCUGUCGUGGCACUCCUACCGUCGCCAAUCUCGUCGACAUGGCCGCUAAGUAUGGUGACUUGGGCCUUACGAUGCGCCUGCACGUUGACGGGGUCGGUGCCACACCACGCGCGCUCGCCGAAGCCGCUGCCGCCGGCCACCUCGAGAUUGUUGUCUUCCUUGUACGUCACUGCCCCAAAACCGUCUCGAACGAAGCGCUCGAGCGAGCUCUCUCCAACCUCCGCACCGACGCCGCGCUAUAUCUCCUCGCGCGCUGCCCGUAUCUCGUGUGCUCGAUGGCGAGCGUCACCACGAGCCUUGUGCACGGAUCCCUCGACCUUGUCGCCGGCGUCAUUGCGCACCGUCCGAUUCGCCCGGCGGGAGAUGUCAUCGCCCGACUCUUUGCGCUGCGUCGAUUAGACGUGCUGCAAAUGCUCGCGGUCGCACAUUGCAUUGAGUGGACGCCUUCGAUGGUGGCACUGGUCGUCCGACAGAAUGCGGAUGACGAGUUGCUGUCGCUCGUGACUGCCGUGCCCGCAAUGCGCUGGUCUGUCUGCGUCUGCGCGCUGCUCAGCUUUUCGCCGACGACCGCGCGUCGCUGCUUUGAAGACGGAGCGUCCGACUUUGCGUACGACGAUGCGUUCGACCACGCGAGCGUGCUCUCGCUCAUGCGGCUCUUGCCCGAGAUCGCGUGGUGGAACCCGGACAUGUGGUACGACGUCGCCCUGCAAACCACCAAGCGCAACGAGGUUGGUGCGUAUUUGCUGAAGGUAGGCACGGGCCGCCGCGCUACCGAGAUGUUCGACCUGACGUACGGUGGCGUCACGGUCCCAUCGUUUGGUGACGCGCUCUGGAUCGACCUCGACAAGCUGCUUCUGGUGCUGCGGGCCUCGUACCCGGAGCUUCUGAAUGAGCAUUUGCUCGACUGUAUUGCCGCCAGCCGCGACUGGAUGCAUCGAGACGUCCGACGCAAGCUCGUGCGCUGGUGGUGCGAUCAUUUUGACGGCAGUGGCCAAGCCCAACUCUUGUCGACCCGCGGCCUCGAAGCUGCUUGAGCGAAACGAUAAUUCGUGCGCAAAUCAUAGCACUAUAUUCAUACAAGUUUAUAUAAAGAUUA